AUGGCGACUACCUCCAGUCCUUCUCCCCGUCCCGUAUUCACCGCUUCUCCAUCUCCUCAGGCUCACUUCACAGCCCUCAUCGCCACUUCCCCGUCUCCUACAUCUCAACAUGUUUCAACUUCACCUACUCCUCCUCCACGUCCUCCUUCCUCUCCCGGGAUCUCCGUCUUCGCUCCUCGUCCUAUGAGGGUUCCCAUGUACCGUCCUCAAUUCCCCCGACCGGUUUUCCUCUACGACUCCGACACCGUCGAUUCCAAGGAAAACACCCAGGCUGCCUCUGCCACUGUCACAGCUACAGCUACAGCUACAGCUGUAACUUCCACCCGUCGUAGCUCUGUUGCUUCUACCGGUAUUCCAGAGGAGGGUCUUGACUCCAAGCUAUUUAAUACGCCAAAGGAUGUUCUCGACGAGCUCUACAAGAUUAUCCGUCCAACUUCGGCCUCCUCGGCUUCCACCACCGGUGGCACCCAACCUCCUAGUGCUUCCAGCCCAAACACCUAUAUGCGUCAUUACCCCUUCAAUCCACGCACUCCUACAAAUACCUCUCAUCGCCGACAUCCCAGCGAUGCUAGCGAUGGAGGUCUUAGCAACAUCCUCCACGGCCUGAGCGUUCUCGCUGGGAAUCCACGCGCCUCCCCAGACAGCGGGGACUGGCGAAGUAUGCAUCCAGCUGUUUCUCCGGUUGCUCGUCGCGCUAUCAACCCCAUGGUCCGCGAUCCAAGCUUCCAAGGCGAAUCGCAAAAGAAGGACUAA